CCAAUCGCCAAACUUAGUAGCAGUUUAUUUUACGAGAAUCGUCUCAAAUGUGCCAAUGAUAACGUCGCUAACGCAUGCCUGUCGCAUUCGGCAGAUUUCAAGCCAUUGCCGAAUAGAGACGAGCCAUGGAGGAUCAUUGAAAGCGGCGAGUUAGAUGAUGCUGUGGUUUUUGUGGACACUUGUGCGAAAACGAAUGGUAUUCGAGCAGAAGACAUCGGCGUUAUGUGCGUUUACCGAAAACAGGUUGACGUUAUCAGAUCAGUUCUAGGUGAUGAUAUAAAGAUCGAGGUGAACUCGGUAGACCAGUUCCAAGGACGCGAUAAAAGAGUGAUUGUGUGGUCUUUGGUGUGGACAGAAGAUUCUGGGAGGGUAAGCUUUUCAGCUGUUGGCUACCAAAUAGAAGUGUUUUGA